UUGUAGUUUUCUGUUGGCUGACUUUAUAGAUUCUGAAAUGCAACAUGAGAUUAACACAUAUCUGUCUAAAGGAGAAGCAAUAUUCAGUGUUCUACUCUUGAUGGAUUCAUCCGAGAAUUGGGAACGAGCAACCCUGUACUUAAGACGAUCAGGAUAUCAAAUUAGAAUUAAUGGUACUGAAGCUACAGUAGUUGCUGAGAAAUUCUCAAAGGACUUAUCGAUUAAGGUUCCCUCUGGUCUCUCAGUGCAAUUUGUGUUAACAUGCUCAGAUGGGUCUUCUCAUCCUCUAAGCACAUAUAGUGUCAGAAUGAGAGACACACUUGUAUUAACCAUGCGAUUCUUCCAGAGUAAGGCAUUGGAUGACAAAAGGAAAGGGAGAGCAUGACCUCAGAUUGCACUUUUGAAUGGAAUAAAAUAGAAAUUACUGAGCUGAUGAAGAUUUUACAGUCUCAUUUAUUUAUUUAUUUUUGUAGUGUAAUAUCCUAUGUGUAGUGUACUGUUGUAAAAUCAUGAGUGUAGAGGCUACGAAGGUGUAUCAUGGGAAGAAAGUAAAAACAGUGUUAACAAUUUGUUUAACCUAAGUUAACAAUAUAACAUCGUAUGCCUGUGAA